GCAGCGGGUUCCUAGCCGCCGGGCUGGGGAAUCUGGACUGGGUUCUCUUGAGUGGGAGGGUCUAGGGCCGUAUUUUCUGCAGGUGCUGCCACCGCCUCCCAGGGUAGCAGAGCUGCGACUUCGCCGUGCUGCACCCCCAGUUUGGUCUUGAAGAGAAAGAAUUGCUCAAGGCAUUCGACCCACAGUUUGAACACAUAAUUGGGCUUGGACUUCAUUCCAUUCACUAAUUGGCCUAACUUACUAAUGAUAGGAUCCUAAGACAGCAGACCCGAUGCACCCUUCUGCAGCUGACUGCACCCGGCAUUAGAAAGAGGUCCAGGGAUGAUGUUUUUGGGGAUUAUGUUUCUCUACCCAGGAAUUCAUGCAGUUCAUUCCAGAAACAUUGAUCCUCUGCUCGUGUGACACACCCUUCCUGAAGAUCUGAUGGACACUUUCUGUUGACCUUGCAGCUGUUUUUUCACGUGGAAGUUGGAAGACAAGGUGAAAGUGGCCGAAAGGUACCUGCUUUGGUGAAUAGACGUGCUCCCCUCGGUUCUUAGAACAUGGGCCCUCGUUUAAAGCUGCAGCUGUGAUCCUCGGCUGUCUGUUGGCACUGAAGGGACCUGAUGUUUUACGUUAUUGGUGGCAUCACAGUGUCUGUGGUUGCAUUCUUCUUCACAAUUAAGUUCCUCUUUGAGCUUGCCGCACGUGUAGUCAGCUUCCUUCAGAAUGAGGACCGCGAGCGCCGAGGGGACCGGACUAUAUAUGACUACGUGCGGGGAAAUUACCUGGAUCCCCGGUCUUGCAAAGUCUCCUGGGAUUGGAAGGACCCCUAUGAGGUGGGCCACAGCAUGGCCUUCCGAGUGCAUUUAUUCUAUAAGAACGGACAGCCCUUCCCUGCACACCGGCCUGUGGGACUAAGAGUCCACAUCUCUCAUGUUGAGCUGGCAGUGGAAAUCCCAGUGACCCAGGAGGUCCUCCAGGAGCCCAGUUCCAAUGUGGUCAAGGUGGCCUUUACUGUGCGCAAAGCUGGGCGGUAUGAAAUCUCAGUGAAGCUUGGUGGGUUAAACGUGGCCUAUAGUCCCUACUACAAGAUUUUUCAGCCUGGAAUGGUGGUUCCUUCCAAGACCAAAAUUGUGUGCCAUUUUUCUACCCUGGUGUUGACCUGUGGGCAGCCGCACACUCUUCAAAUAGUACCCCGAGAUGAGUAUGACAACCCUACCAACAAUUCCACAUCCUUGAGAGAUGAGCACAACUACAGCCUGUCCAUUCAUGAGCUUGGUCCUCCGGAAGAGGAGAGUACCGGUGUCUCAUUUGAGAAGUCAGUGACGUCCAACCGGCAGACCUGCCAGGUAUUCCUGCGGCUCACCCUGCAUUCUCGAGGCUGCUUCCAUGCCUGCAUCUCAUACCAAAACCAGCCAAUCAACAAUGGUGAAUUUGACAUCAUUGUCCUAAGUGAGAACGAGAGGAAUAUCGUUGAGCGCAACGUGUCCACCUCAGGAGUGAGCAUUUACUUUGAAGCUUAUCUGUAUAAUGCUGCCAACUGCACCAGCACGCCGUGGCACCUCCCACCCAUGCACAUGAGCUCUGCCCAGCGCCGGCCCUCCACAGCUCUGGAGGAAGAAGAUGAAGACUCACCCUCUGAGUGUCACACCCCUGAGAAGGUGAAGAAACCGAAGAAGGUGUACUGCUACGUGUCACCCAAGCAAUUCUCAGUGAAGGAAUUCUACCUGAAAAUCAUUCCCUGGCGCCUUUACACCUUCCGGGUAUGCCCUGGAACCAAAUUUUCAUACCUUGGCCCUGACCCUGUCCAUAAGCUGCUCACCCUUGUGGUAGAUGACGGCAUUCAGCCUCCUGUGGAGCUCAGCUGUAAGGAAAGGAACAUCUUAGCAGCCACGUUUAUCCGCUCGCUCCAUAAGAACAUAGGGGGCUCCGAGACCUUUCAGGACAAGGUGAACUUUUUCCAUCGAGAGCUUCGGCAGGUGCAUAUGAAAAGACCACAUUCUAAAGUCACCCUGAAGGUCAGCAGACAUGCCUUGUUGGAAUCGUCUCUGAAAGCCACUCGGAAUUUUUCCAUCUCAGAUUGGAGCAAGAACUUUGAAGUGGUUUUUCAGGAUGAAGAAGCUCUGGACUGGGGAGGGCCUCGUCGGGAAUGGUUUGAGUUAAUCUGCAAAGCACUAUUUGACACCACCAAUCAACUCUUCACCCGAUUCAGUGACACCAACCAAGCAUUAGUGCACCCUAACCCUAAUCGCCCCACUCAUCUGCGCCUAAAGAUGUAUGAGUUUGCAGGGCGCCUGGUGGGCAAGUGUCUCUAUGAGUCCUCUCUAGGAGGAGCCUACAAGCAGUUGGUCCGAGCUCGCUUCACCCGUUCUUUCUUGGCCCAAAUCAUAGGACUGCGUAUGCAUUACAAGUACUUUGAAACAGAUGACCCAGAAUUCUACAAAUCUAAAGUUUGUUUCAUCCUCAACAAUGACAUGAGUGAGAUGGAGCUGGUCUUUGCAGAAGAGAAAUAUAAUAAAUCAGGUCAAUUGGAUAAGGUUGUAGAACUUAUGACAGGUGGAGCUCAAACCCCCGUCACCAACGCAAAUAAAAUCUUCUAUUUAAAUUUGCUGGCCCAGUAUCGACUGGCCAGCCAGGUGAAAGAGGAGGUGGAACAUUUCCUAAAAGGCCUGAAUGAGUUAGUCCCUGAAAACCUCUUGGCUAUUUUUGAUGAGAAUGAGCUUGAGCUGCUGAUGUGUGGGACUGGGGACAUCAGUGUGUCUGACUUCAAAGCCCACGCAGUGGUCAUUGGUGGCUCAUGGCAUUUCAGAGAAAAGGUCAUGAGGUGGUUUUGGACUGUGGUUUCAAGUCUGACACAGGAAGAGUUGGCUCGGCUACUGCAGUUCACCACAGGCUCCUCUCAGCUGCCACCUGGAGGCUUUGCUGCCCUCUGUCCCUCCUUCCAGAUUAUCGCAGCCCCGACCCACAGCACGCUCCCAACUGCACACACGUGUUUCAACCAGCUGUGCCUCCCUACGUAUGACUCCUACGAAGAGGUGCACAGGAUGCUGCAGCUGGCCAUCAGCGAGGGCUGCGAGGGCUUCGGCAUGUUCUGACCACUCUCCCUGCCAUCUGCUCGGCUCCCGUGGCUUCCCGGAACCUCCAGGCGGCGCGCACCACAGACACGAAUGCUGACCCUGACACAGAACCAUCAGCCAGAAGCUGCCGCGUGCCGCCCCCCAGCGUGUGGAGGAGUCAGUCACCCCGCAGCCUAGUCCUUCCCUCGCCCCCUCCCUUCCCGCCUUCCCCGCCACGGCCCCCUUUGGCAGCCCCCUACCCUGAGCAGCUCGCUCGCUCGCAGAGGAGGGUGGGGGCCUGCUGCGCUCGCCCUCGGUUGUCAGAGGAGCUCAGUGGCGGGAGCUGCCCCAACCGCUGAGGGGAGGCGACACAGAGGCUUGGCCUUUCUGGGAGCGCUGGGGUCCUCGCCUUUCCCAGCCACCUCUGCCGACGCUCCGCAGGGGUUCCCUCCAUGUCCCCUUGACCUGGGGUCUGUGAGUCCUUCUCGGGGACAGGUGCCUACGUCUGCUAGCCAGGAGGGGCACACACCCGAGGUGGCCUACAGCGACAGACAGCCUUGAGUUUUGUCUGUCUGCACAACGGCCGGUGCAGGCACGGGACUAGCUCGUGUGGUUACUGAUAGCACCAGUGGGUCCUUUUUUCCUGUGGCUUCAGAACUGGAAAAGGAGCUUUUCUGUGCAAGCAUUUCUGGAAAUGAUCGUAUCAUUCAUAAAGAAGAACUCCCUAGUAAGCUUUUUUUUUUUUUUUUUUUUUUUUGAGUAUAAUAAACCUGUGAGACAGACCUAAGAAUGUGAAAGCUUAGCCAGGCUGUGGCCUCCAGUGCUGAAGGCGAUUCUCCUUUAGUGUUGUGGGGCAUUUCUUGGCAUGUGACUGGCUUGAAGACUACUGAUGCUUGUCCUGAGUUUGUUCUUUACACUGAGUGUGGCUGGCCCUGGCUCCUUACCUCCAACUUGUGCUGUCUGCUAAGAGCUGGGCAUUCUUUAGGUUUCCGCUGAAGAAAAUUUUGGAGCAAGAAAUUAGGACAGUUUGAUAGCAUGCCACUGAUUCCUGGUUCUCUCUGCCUGGUGUUCCCUGGCAGCACUAAGGCAAGGGAGAAGGGAUCAGUAAUUGCUUCUCAGAGGUCCUUAGGGUCAGGACACAAGGGACACACAUCGGGGAGCUGUGUCAGACGAGAAAUGCCUUGCUGUCCCAGUGACUUCCUGUCACUCCCUCAGUUACCAGCAAGGGCACCUCAGGAGGGAGGAAGACAAGUAGGUUCACUGUGGCGUGACUGAAGAGCCUACAGCUGUUUCUUGGAAGAUGGCGACAACCUUUUCCAUUAACGAUUUGAAUGAAGACAUUUUCGAGACUCAGAAUCUCAAUUUCCGAAGUUUCUGUUUCUAAGAAGGCUUUGCUGCAAGCGACCAUUCCCAAUGGGGCUUUCGACUCUGAGAAUAUUAACAAGCCAUCUUUAUUGCCAAAACCAGCAAGUACAAAGAGUCCAGAGAUGAGGCAAGACUUGAGGCCAUGCCUUGGCCUGCUUGAAGCACGUCUGAGCCCUCCUGUUCCCAGGGAUCAUGAGGAACAAGCCUUCCUGAGCUGCUACAGUUCCUGCCUGACCUCACUCCUUCACAGUUGUCAUUUGUCCUUGGCAUGGGUGCUGACCUCAUUCACCCUUGGGGUCCAGGGUCCAGCAUUGGGGCCCUCUGUACCCCAGGGUCCUCCACGCCACAUGGUCACUGUUCUCCUCAGGGACCAGGACAAGGUGCUGCCCCGUGGGAUACGUACAGGCAAGUGUCAUCAUCCCCCUUGGAAGCACAGUGCUGCCCUUUGGGCCCAGAGAGGGAUUCCAGCUGGGGGCACGUGGGCUGGCUCUGCUGUCUUUGGCCGUUGUUCCUCUUCUAAAUCCUGUGUCCCCCGUCCCCUCCCUGCCCCCCCCCGCCCCCCGCCCCUCCACAUACUGAUGCUAGAGUGUGAGUUGAUUUUCUUGGCUCCAUCUGUCCUUUCUCAGCUCUAGUCAUAGCACUUUUCAGGGCAUCCUGGGUAUCAUGGCACCGCAGCUGCAGCCUGCGGUGGUUCUUAGCCCCAGGGUCUUUGUUUCACAAAACCCUUUGGUACUGUUGUGGUUUUGUAUUCUUCCAGUGCUCUCUCUCUCUCUGUCUCCUAACUAUUCAAAAGUAUCUUUGCUCUUUUGCCCUUUCCUUUGACCUUCUGUUCUAAUCCUGCUUUGGAAUUAGCCGGUGUGGGGAGAGGUACACCAUGUCGGAGAGAAGAAAGAGUGCCUGUUACUGGAAGUGUUUCCUAUUCACGUUUCUUAUUUUGCUCAGUUCUUUUAUUUAUGCCCUUGUGGCCCAGGUACUUGGGUGGCCAGCUAACCUCCUGGCUAAUGAAGGAGACCAGGCACCAAGUGAACACCAAGGAAAGUGUCAGCGUGUUUCUAGAACUCCAGCAGAGACCAAGCCCUGCUGCAAAUGUCAGGCCAGACCAAAGGGCCACACAGUUGCGCAGUAGUGUAAAUAUUUUGUACAGUGAAUAAAUGAAUGUUUAAAAGGA